AUGACGCCGGAGCUGUAUGGCAAGCUCAAAGAUAAGGGCUAUGACACCUUCGGGAAGAUCGCCUUUGCUGCUGCGAGCUCCCCGCAGGCCCUUACCGAUGAGGCCAUCGAUGUGUGGUUGGCCACGGUCGUAGAUCCAAGGCCUUCAGCGUUCCAGGUUUCGGUGAUCAGGCGGCUCCUAUUUGAAAGCCAGUCGCUCAACAUCGCUGACUUGCGGACCCGUGUGGAAGGCCAGCCUGAAAACACAAUCAAGAAACUUCCCACUGCUGAACGAAUAGCCAGACAAGAAGCUCAGCAGGCUCGCUUGAAGGGAGUCGUCUUCACGGUGUCGAACCAGCCAUCCCAUGCGAGCAUCGAUCAGGUCACCGACAUGUUGGAAAACAAUUCCUUGCGGUACCUGCCGAUGAACAGGUGGACCUCCCGGUCACAGGAGCUGAGCUUGGCAAAGAAGGACUCAUCGAUCCAAAUUGACGCGGAGGGAAACCUCAAGCUAGGCACUAAGGUCCCGGAUCCUGUUUGCGACACAAAUGGUGCUUAUGCGCUUCGGCAAGCCUUCUUUCGCCGCUCGCUGGCUCUGGACCUAGGGAACCUCUGCACCUUUGAGGUGAUGGAGGAGUGGGUCAACACCAUCUUCGAACUGACCCAGCGGCAGGUUCCCACCGGGUACACCAAGGUCUCCUUGUCCCAGAUUGUAGCAGCAGAUAAGGAACUCUUCAUCAGGGCAGCGAACAACCUUGAAGGAAAGCUCCAGAAACCAGUGGGAGCUACCAAGCCGUUGGAUGCAGAGCUGAAGCGUUUGUCUGUGUCGCAUGACAUCACGCAGUUCUUGUCACCCUUGCUCACCCCGCCUCCGCCGGCCCAUCCUACCAAGAGGCCCCAGGAUGGUGACGACGAUGCACCGCCCAAGAAGACGAAAGGCAGAGGUGACAAAGGCAACAAAGGCGGGGGCAAGGGCAAGACACCGAGGAUCGAGAUACCUGAAGGUUGUUCCGUGAAGCUCCUUGCCAAAUCCCUUGAAGAGGAAGAGACAAAACUUCAUGCCUCCUUCCCGCCUUGGUUCGAGAAGGUGGUCAAAGGAAAAAGGAUUUGCUUGUGGGAGUCUCUCUUGAAAAAUCAUGGCUUUGACGACAUGGGGGUAGUGGAUCUGAUGAAGAAAGGGGUUACCGAUAACUUCAUAGAGGGACCCUACACCGAGGCCCAGGUCACUGAAAUUUUCGGCCAUUCGGAUUGGGGCAUCAUUCCCAGGUUCGUUCUUGAGCAAGGCCUUGAGAAGAAGAUUCGACCCAUAGAUGAUGGGCAUGCUUCGCAGGUCAAUGAGGCUUUCACUUCCUUGAUUAAGCUGGAACUUCAAGGGGCCGACUUCGUUGCGGGUCUGGCCCUGCUGAUCUCCCAGGCCGAAAAGGAACGUUCAGAGCGCCUAGGUGUCGCUGCUAGGAAGUGGGUGGGUCGGACCCUAGACCUCUCAAAAGCUUACAAACAACUAGGGGUGCUCCCGCAACACCGUGACAUCGCCGUCAUCUGCCAUCCCAAUGAAAAUGGUGAACCGCAAUUCUUUAUUGCGAACGCACUGAUGUUCGGCUUGACAUCGUCGGUGUAUGGAUUUGUAAGAGUAGCUAGAAGCUUGCAUUUCCUUCUGGCCAAAGUGCUGAAGAUCCCUUCAGCCAACUACUUCGACGAUUACCCUCUCUUCACGUUGAGAGAUGGGGCCCACGAGCUUGAUGGUUUAACUUCCGAAUUCCUAGAAUUGCUGGGGUGGCGCUUCGCCCAGACCGGGGUAAAGGGUCAACCGUACGAGGAGGCCUUCACAGUCCUCGGAAUGCAGCUGGACAUCAGUCGUUUGCAUGAAGGUGCUGCCGUGCUGGCAAACAAGGAAGGCCGUGUCAAGCGCAUUUCCGAAAUGCUGGGCAGCAUUUUUGACAAGGGAGCCCUGGGCAGGCAUGAGGCGCAAGUUCUCCUUGGACUCUUGAACUAUGCCUCAGGUUUCUUUGCAGGCCGAUCCUUGAAGCCAGCGUGCCACUUCCUGCUCUCCUUGGUAAGGGGAAAGCGCCAAACGGCUGCCGAAAUAAAGCGCUUCUGCAAAACUACACAGGCUGUCUUGAGCACCACUCCACCUAGAGUCCUUCGCAUCUUUGACCCUCGACCGCCCAUUCAUGUUUGGACGGAUGGAGCUUGGGAAGAUCCUUGGGCGGGAAUAGGUGCGGUUGUUCUUGACACGCUAGAUGAUAGUGCCAGGGUUUUUGCCGGUUGUGUACCUGCUAAGCUUUUGGAACGCUGGAAGCUGGAUGUGGGAUCACAACUCAUAUGCGAGAUCGAGCUCUACGCUUUGGUUACUCUGCGUCGCAUGCUCCAAAAUAGCUUGUGCAACAGGAGAGUCAUCUUUUGGCUUGACAACGAGGCCGCACGCACCUCAGCCAUCAAAGGUUUGAGCCAGAGCGAGUCGAUGUAUCGCCUCGCCCAUUAUCUUGCAGUGAUCGAAGCUGAGGCAUAUGUCCGCAUCCUGCGCGAGCUUCGUUCCGAUCACGGUGGUAGGAUGGCCACCGCAAUCGGGGACAUCAAUGUGGAGGCCGCUGACACUGAGAUCGGACACAGGCAACUCGCAGAGGGGAAUGAGCCUGUCAACAAUUCGGGGGAACCCACACGGGAGACCGAGGCCCCACCUCCCCAACCCACCACUGCUCACGAAGAUGUCGCAUUGGAAGUUCCCCCAACCCCGGCAGCUAGCGUCGAGCCUGUGUCGGAGCAACCCGCUCCACCUCUUACCCCCGAGCAACAGGCACGGCUCCAGGCUAGCCGUGCAGCAGCAAUGGAGCGUCGUGCCGUCAACCUAUCUGGACAGGCAUCAGCAGCAGAUGAUGUGCCGCACGCCGCCGAAAGCCAGACGCCGACAGACACCAGCGACCAGCCAGGCAUCUCCGGCGAGAAUCAACUGCUUUGCUCAUCGGAUGCACUCUUCGGCGACCUUGGCCUGGACUUCGAUGCAGGCGGCAGUAGCGACGAAGAGGAUCCUGGCUCCGCUGACCGGGACCUGAUGCCAGUCGGCCGGCGGAGAAACCUCCGCUUUAUCGGAAAGUGCCUGGGCCACGAUGUCAGCUGGCGUGGCACUCAGGUAAUCCGGAUCGUCUCGCUCCAAGCAGGCGGCGUGGGUGGCUCAGAUCGCGAGGCAUGGGGCCAAUGGUGGGCAGAUUGUGCAGCAGAACUGGGGGCAGAUAUUUUCGUGUUGGCGGAAACUCGAAUCACUACCGCAAGAGGGCACACGCAGGCUGUGUCCGGUAUAAGCAAGGGGGGGUACUUUGGAAUCAGUCAUAACAUGGAUCCCACGGCUCACACCUCAUCGAGGGCCCCCUCGCCAAUGUCGUCAGGAAUAAUCAUUGCAGUCCGCAAGGACUACGUAGGACACUGGCAGCAUGUCACCAAAGACUCAGAUGGGCGCGCACAGUUCGGCACACUCCUCAAGGACGAUGGUGCGGCUAUCGGAGUGGUGGGAGUAUAUGGUCCCACCGGUGCCACCUCUGCUUCCUUCGACCAGGACGCUAGCGCACUCGCACAGGAACGGAGAUUAGUCGAGUUCGUCUCCAAUCAAAAAGCAAAUGCACUACACACGAACACUUCCUUGCUGGUGGUGGGAGACACUAACAGCUACACUUCCCCUGAUCUGGACUGCUGGGACUGUCAAGCCACUGUUAGACCCACAUGCCUUGCGAUCCAACUACAGGAGAUGGGUCUACAUGACUGUUUCAGAGAGCUCCACCCACGAUUAAGGGUCUUCACAUAUUACACUCGACAGGGCACCGCCAGCCGCCUUGACCAGAUUUGGUUUAUGGGUGGCAUCGGCGGGGCCAGCCAAGUGCUCAACGCAGCGGUGGUGUGGCAGUGGCACAAGCGCACUGAUCAUGACCCUGUGGUGGUGGACCUCAGCCAUGUCCUCCCCACAUCAGAUGAGCCGCCGACUGCCACAAACGAGAUGGACUGGCGGCGUAUUGUGCAAGCCAGUUUGAGCACUCUGGAGGCCGACGCACUAAGAGCUGAGAUCCGAACACCACUAGAGCUCGAACGUGCUCCACUUGAGGAGGCCAUGACGCAAAUCCGCCAGCAGGCUGCGGACCUGCGCAGUACCCCAACAACAAUGGCAACGGUGUUCGAGCCUGGAGGAAUCGCGGCAGGGACACAGAUUUCCGAUCAACGUGCUGUGGUAAAGCGAUUGUGGGAGAAAAGUGAGCAGUAUGCAAGCAAACUCUUGACGGGCGCGGGGAGAACAGAUGACAGACCCUUCAUCGAGGACUGGGAUGGCUUCCGCUCGCAGCCGCAAGAGUGUCUCCGAAUCGGCAUGACGCCGGAGCUGUAUGGCAAGCUCAAAGAUAAGGGCUAUGACACCUUCGGGAAGAUCGCCUUUGCUGCUGCGAGCUCCCCGCAGGCCCUUACCGAUGAGGCCAUCGAUGUUACCGAUAACUUCAUAGAGGGACCCUACACCGAGGCCCAGGUCACUGAAAUUUUCGGCCAUUCGGAUUGGGGCAUCAUUCCCAGGUUCGUUCUUGAGCAAGGCCUUGAGAAGAAGAUUCGACCCAUAGAUGAUGGGCAUGCUUCGCAGGUCAAUGAGGCUUUCACUUCCUUGAUUAAGCUGGAACUUCAAGGGGCCGACUUCGUUGCGGGUCUGGCCCUGCUGAUCUCCCAGGCCGAAAAGGAACGUUCAGAGCGCCUAGGUGUCGCUGCUAGGAAGUGGGUGGGUCGGACCCUAGACCUCUCAAAAGCUUAUAAACAACUAGGGGUACUCCCGCAACACCGUGACAUCGCCGUCAUCUGCCAUCCCAAUGAAAAUGGCGAACCGCAAUUCUUUAUUGCGAACGCACUGAUGUUCGGCUUGACAUCGUCGGUGUAUGGAUUUGUAAGAGUAGCUAGAAGCUUGCAUUUCCUGCUGGCCAAAGUGCUGAAGAUCCCUUCAGCCAACUACUUCGACGAUUACCCUCUCUUCACGUUGAGAGAUGGGGCCCACGAGCUUGAUGGUUUAACUUCCGAAUUCCUAGAAUUGCUGGGGUGGCGCUUCGCCCAGACCGGGGUAAAGGGUCAACCGUACGAGGAGGCCUUCACAGUCCUCGGAAUGCAGCUGGACAUCAGUCGUUUGCAUGAAGGUGCUGCCGUGCUGGCAAACAAGGAAGGCCGUGUCAAGCGCAUUUCCGAAAUGCUGGGCAGCAUUUUUGACAAGGGAGCCCUGGGCAGGCAUGAGGCGCAAGUUCUCCUUGGACUCUUGAACUAUGCCUCAGGUUUCUUUGCAGGCCGAUCCUUGAAGCCAGCGUGCCACUUCCUGCUCUCCUUGGUAAGGGGGAAGCGCCAAACGGCUGCCGAAAUAAAGCGCUUCUGCAAAACUACGCAGGCUGUCUUGAGCACCACUCCACCUAGAGUCCUUCGCAUCUUUGACCCUCGACCGCCCAUCCAUGUUUGGACGGAUGGAGCUUGGGAAGAUCCUUGGGCGGGAAUAGGUGCGGUUGUUCUUGACACGCUAGAUGAUAGUGCCAGGGUUUUUGCCGGUUGUGUACCUGCUAAGCUUUUGGAACGCUGGAAGCUGGAUGUGGGAUCGCAACUCAUAUGCGAGAUCGAGCUCUACGCUUUGGUUACUCUGCGUCGCAUGCUCCAAAAUAGCUUGUGCAACAGAAGAGUCAUCUUUUGGCUUGACAACGAGGCCGCACGCACCUCAGCCAUCAAAGGUUUGAGCCAGAGCGAGUCGAUGUAUCGCCUCGCCCAUUAUCUUGCAGUGAUCGAAGCUGAGGCGCCUUGUAUCGCUUGGUACGAGAGAGUGCCUUCCUUUUCCAACAUAGCCGAUCCCCCUUCACGAGGUGAGGGGCACAGCAUCCUCAGCUUGGUAGGCGCCAAGGUCGUGGAAGCUUUCAUCCACGAUGAAAGCUCAAACCAGAGAUUCCUUCAUCAGGGAUUCGCGUGA